AUGGGAUCUGAAAAGUGCAGGAGACACCUGCAAAAUUUGACUUCGCUUCUCGUCAAAUUCGGGAAGGAACCGAAAAAGAUCGAAGGUAGAAAGAUAACGAACUGGUUUCGCAUCGGGGAGGAAAUAUUCGAAGAGUUUUUUGAAGCCGGCCGCAGCGUCGCCUGGCGAUACGCAGCAAUAAGAGAAGAGAAGGAGACGUCGAACGUCCGCGCACAGAUUACGCUCAACCACAAGUGGCUAGUGUUAUUCAUAAACGUUUAUCCCAAUUUCCGCAUUGACUUGGACCUGGUGGGUUCGGCCGAUAGCGUUUGUAAAGUUCGCUCGGGUAUAGAGGUCUUCUUAAAAGGAUUGGCCGGUUCCAACGACACGUUCGACAAUUUACUACGAGACAUAGGGGAAGAAGGGGAAAUCGAAGAAUUGGACAGGUGCCUUAAGUUGUGGGCGGAGACCGGUCAUCGACCCGACUUUUCAAAGAAACCCUCAAAUCUAAACGGCGAACAUUGGUGGUGGUUUUAA